UCAGCCAUGUUAGAUUUUCGCUGCUUUUCACCAACGAUGAGCGCGGAGCCAUGGCCUUGUCAUUGAGUGGAGACGAUGAGGAAUAUGAUUCAGAGUCAGAACAGCAGCGUGCAGCCAAUCGUCCGAAGCCCAAGAUGGCGACAGCGUCGGCUGUUAAACUGCCAUCGAGUCGUAGCUCGUCAGGAGCCAGACGGAGGAGAACGCGUUGCCGAAAGUGCGAAGCGUGCAUGCGGACAGAGUGCGGGGAGUGUCACUUCUGCAAGGACAUGAAGAAGUUCGGCGGUCCGGGCCGCAUGAAACAGUCCUGCAUUAUGAGACAGUGCAUAGCACCUGUUCUGCCUCACACAGCGGUAUGCGUGGUGUGUAAGGAGGCUGGGAAGGAGGAUACACUGGAGGAAGAGGAGGACAAGUUCAACUUCAUGUUAAUGGAAUGUUCUAUCUGCAACGAAAUUGUCCAUCCCAACUGCCUCAAGGUGAGCGAUGCUUCUGGUGUGGUGAAUGACGAGCUCCCCAACUGCUGGGAAUGCCCGAAGUGCAACCAUGCCGGAAAGAGCGGGAAACAAAAAAGGGGUCCAGGGUUCAAGUACGCCUCCAACCUCCCCGGCUCUCUGCUGAGGGAGCAGAAGCCUGUGAAGGAGGAGGGGGACAUGUCUUCUUCAGUCAAGAGAAGACCCGACAGAGAGGAGACACCCAGGCAUCGACCCGACGAGCCUCUCCACCGGCAGCCGCCCCUGCUGUCCCCCGGCGGCGUUCCCCGACCCCGCCUCGAGGAUAAGCUGAGGAAGAAGAGGAAGCUCUUUGAUGAAGAGGAGGAAGACGAUUUCAGAGGAAGAAAGAAGACGGAAGGGAGCUUUCACUUCCGGAGUUUCGUGGAGAGAAAUGGGCGUUUGGGUGCUGCUGAGGACUUGGCAGAUGAUAGAGACUAUAGGAGCGAUCUUUUAAAUUCGUCCCUCAAAAUGCCCGUCGUGGAUAGCGACCACUCCCACUGCAGCUCUCCGCAAGCCGGCCCGAGCAGCGAAGGCGGAAGCGAGACCCAGGAGAAAGGCCCUCGACCCAAAGCUCGCCGCAAACGCCGUUUACCCAACCGGGAGCUGAGCAGAGAGCUGAGUAAAGCGCUGAACCAGGAAAUACAGAAGACCGAAGACUGCCUGGCCAACGAGAACCGCCAGCCUCUGAAGGUGGAGCCCGAGUCUGAAAACGAGGAACCCAACAGGUUGUUCCGGAACAGCAAUGACAUGGGCGAGCAGAGGCCCCACCUGAAGACCAAGGAGAUGAACGGCACCCCCUGGGAGCUGCGCCACUUCUACCCGAGUCAGAUCACUCCGCUGGGCUUCAACAGGAGCACGCCGACCACCCGGCCGGUGCCUCCGCGCUCGCCGCCCAAGUGUGUCCAAAUGGAGCGGCACGUCAUUCGGCCCCCCCCGAUAAGCCCGCCCCCCGACAGGCUGCCUCUCAAAGACGGGAAAAUGCAUGUCCUCCAGCGUGAGGUCUGGAUGAAGAUCUUCAACCACCUCACACAUCAGGAGCUCUGCUGCUGCAUGAGAGUGUCCAAGACCUGGAACAGAUGGUGCUGCGAUAAAAGACUUUGGACCAAGAUCGAUCUGAACCGCUGCACUUCCAUCACGCCACUCAUGCUGAGCGGGAUCAUUCGGCGACAGCCGCUCUCCCUGGACCUCAGCUGGACCAACAUUUCCAAGAAACAACUAAGCUGGCUGAUUAACAGAUUGCCAGGUCUGCGAGUGUUAAAGUUAUCUGGGUGUUCGUGGGCGGCCGUAUCUGCACUCUGCACGUCCAGCUGCCCGCUGCUACGAACGCUGGACGUCCAGUGGGUGGAGGGACUCAAGGACGCGCAGAUGAGGGAUCUCCUGUCACCUCCCACAGACAACAGGCCAGGUCAGCUGGAUAACCGCUGCAAAUUGCGGAAUGUGGAGGAUCUGCGUCUGGCGGGUCUGGACGUCACCGACACGUCCCUACGCCUCAUCAUUCGCCAGAUGCCUCUGCUGUCCCGGCUGGACCUGAGCUACUGCAACCACGUCAACGACCAGUCAGUCAACCUGUUGACGGCGGCGGGGACCACCACUCGAGACUCGCUCACAGAAAUCAACCUGUCAGUUUGUAACCGGGUCACAGAUCACUCCCUGAACUUUUUCAAGCGUUGCGGGAGCAUCUGCCAGAUUGACCUUCGCUUCUGCAAGCAGGUGACCAAGGCGGGCUGUGAGAGGUUCAUCGCCGAAAUGUCUGUGAGCGUCCCGUUUAGACUGAAGGAGGACAAACUGCUGCAGAAGACGAGCUAGUUCACAAUGAUCAAAUGGAUCGAAAGACAAUUUGCACUUAUUGGAACGUUUUUUCUUUUCAUACCGGGCCUGCAGUAGCUCUCGGAGUUGAUGUCACAAUUAAAGGAAUCAACGGACUGAGGAGAUGGACCAGCGUGAGAAAGAACGAGCAUGUGUUUGUGUUGAGAUUGUAUUUCUAUAUAAAAAAAAAUGUGCUUGUACCGAACUCUUCCGUUGUUUUGAUUUCGUUCCUCAGAUAUUUGAAAGCAGUAUUUUUCUAUAAACGUGAGUUUACAGUACGUCCACUUGCUCGGGAGCUAAUUAUCUUCUGGAGGCAAUUCAGUGUAUCAGCCGAGCGUUGUGCCAUUCUCCAGGUUCUCUUCCUUACGAGGGCCCAAAAUUCUGUUGGACUUGGGGACAAUUAAAAAUCACAUAACAUGCACUGUACAUACCUACAUACAAACAAUCCAUGAAGUUAUGAAGAAAGUUCCUGGGCACCCGGGAUGUAUUUCAGUAACAACUCCUAAAGCCUCAUUUUAUCUUUAGUUACUUUUUUUUGUUUUUAACAGUUUAUGCUGUGGUUUAUGGGAUUCCUGGACAUUUAAGCAUUUAUUUAUUUUGUACUACAGUUUGUAUUUAUUCGCGGGCUUAGCAACGAGUCUUUGGCAUAGCUAUCAGACAGCUGGGUCAAAUAACAUUUGCAAAUAUUUUAUACAAAGUUGUUUAAUGAAUAGUGGGUCUGGUUUAACAGUCAAGCCAGUAGCACGAAGCUGACGAACACGUUUAGCACUGAUUUCACUAAUGCAAUGAAAGCUACAUAUCUGGUUCUGCACACCGGUUCAAAUGAUCAACUAUCUACAUUACUGUGUAUAUACUUCACUUUUGAAUAACUCCAUGCAGUCGGUGUUGUGUGUACAGUAUUUUGGGAUGUAUUGUGCUGUGAUUAACCUGCUAUCGCCUCAGGUGAAUGUGAUAAUGUUUAUAUUUAUAAAUUUAAAAUCGCAGUGCUAAUAUGCAAUAAAAUACUUCCAUUUGUACCAUAACGUUGUCUAUUCUCUGCC